AUGGAAGCGCUUGAAAUGCGAUGGAGUAAGCUAGACAGCGUUAAGGUUAUAUCCUACUAUUGCUCCUUCGCCUACUACCUUGUUGUCCUGACGAUCGUGUUCAUUUGUUACUUUAUUCUACGUCGUCACUUCCGAGUCAACUUCUACUCCGAUGUGGUUCGAAGAGCUCAAAACAAAAUGUCAAAGGGCUUACUGAUACAGAGAACGACAUUGAAGUUUGAGGAGCGGAUCGGGUACCCUUUUAUUGUGCUGCCAUCGUGGUUCGCAUCAGUAGUGAUUCCCACCUGUCUUUUUGUAGAAGUUGUUGAAAGCAUACCUCGUAAUGUUGGAUGGUUCUACAUCGUCGGUCUACCAAUGGCCUUCUUCGGCACUGUUUUAGUUGGAGUUUCGACCACGUUUUUUCAAGAUAUAUCCUAUUAUGCUUCCUGCACCUACUACGUUGUUACUCUGACAAUUGUGCUCAUAUGCUAUUUUAUUCUACGACGUCACUUCCGACUCAACAAUUAUUCCGAUGCGAUUCGAAAAGCACAAAACAAAAUGUCGAAAGGGCUACUAAUACAGAUUUUUGUACAAACUAUCGCAUUAGCAAUCAUGGGUAUCGGACAACUUAUAUUUUUCAUAGCUUCGCUAUUUCGUUUCAGCGACGAAACCGCGGCUGAAAUCCUUGGAAUAUACAUGUUGGUAGUAUACGUGGUAUUCUUAUGGUUCUCGGUACUUAUCGGUUUCAUAAUUAAAUGGUCAAUAUCUGGACUUCUCACCAUAAAACCAAGCCACCGAAGCAGCAAGAAGACGACAUUGAAUUUGGAGGUUCGGACCGGCUAUCCUUUUGUUGUGCUGCCAUCGUGGUUGACAUCAGUGCUGAGUCCUGCUUGUGUUUUUGUAGAAACUGGUGAAAGCAUGUUGCUGACCCUUUUCAACAUUCAGCGAGUUUUACUUUUCCUGAAGCCUGGUAAGAUUGGAUUGUUCUACAUCGUCAGUUUACCGAUCGCUUUCUUCGUAACAGUUUUGGUUGGAGUUUCAAGCUCAUUCUUCGGAAUUUUUGUGCAAAUUUUCGCAUUGGUAAUAGUCGGUGUCGGACCGUUUUUAUCUCUCAUGGCUUCGUUAUUUCGUUUUAGCAAAAAUACUGUGGAUGAAGUCGUUGGGAUAUACAUGGUGGUAAUAUAUACGGUAUUCAUAUGGUUUCCUGUACUUAUCGGUUUCAUAAUCAAAUGGUCAAUAUCUGGUUUACUCACAAUCAAGCAAACCCAACGACACAGCUGGGUUUCAAUUGAGGUGACAGUUGUGAAGGCAAAAGCAAAAGUAGAGACGUAG